AUGAGCUCGGCUCGCAGGCCUGCACGUCGCCCACCACGCAAGCUACCAAGGCUCGCGCACGACCUGGAUCGCCCAGACGCAGACCCCGAAGAGGUGCUUGACAUCCACACCAUAUCGGACGAUAGCAGCGAGAACAUGCCGUCCAGGGUGCGCAACGGGCGGGCAUCGCCUUCCAAGCCAUCCCCGGCUACCAAAUCCAGAUCCCGUGGUACACGGCCAUCAGCUGCGCACGACGUCAUCGAGAUCCUCUCCAAUGCAUCCACAGACAAUGCACACGACGACGUUGACAUGUCGGAUUUCGAAGAUGUCGACGUGGCCAAUGCAAGCCCCGCCACGGGUGCCUCGCGCGAGGCCAGCGAAGACCUCGAGAUGGAAGACGUCGAUCUCGACCCAGACAACUCGACCAAGGAUCUGCACGAUAUGUAUGCUGAUGCAUACAGAGAGGUUCAGGCCAAAUACGGCGACGGUGCCAUCGGCGAAGAUGGUCAGGAGGGCAGCGAUCAAGAGCAGACGGGCGACGAUUCAACCACAGAUCCCAAAGCCAUCCCCAUCUUCAAGGAUGGCAAGGGUCAGCACCGGGGCGUCGAGAUCUCCGUCGGCAGUCGCACCCCUAAGCAGUCCGGCUCCACCAAGCCAAAGUCCACCAGCCUGCUCACGCCGCGCGACCGUCAGAAUCGCAUCACUGCGCACAAGCUGCUCGUGCUCUCCAUGCUCGCCCACGCCCGCGUGCGCAACAAGUGGUGCAACGACAACGACCUCCGCGACACACUCGCCGAUUCGGUGCCAGACUACCUCAUCACCAAGCUGCGCUCCAUCCAUCCCAAAAAGGUGCCCGAGCAGCGCGAACGCAUCCGCAUGUUCGAGAGCUUCCUCUCGGAGCUUGUUCGGUGGUGGACAGCGCGUUUCCGUCUGGAUCCCACCAUGGUCGCGGCCUCGGCCCUGCGCCAGCCGGACCAGGACAUCGCAACCGGCAUCAUGCCGAGCUCCGGCAGGCGCAUAGAUGGCUGGGUCGUAGAGACGGCAGCAGAGCGAGAGCAGCGCCACCGUCGCGAGCGCAGGGAACAGCAGCGCUACCGCGAUGCAAAGGAACAACAGGCAAAUACAAAGACCAAAGGCAAGGGCAAAGCCAAGGCCGCCUCCACAGCAAGUGCAUUGCUGCCGCCCACAAAGGCGAUGGAGAUCACCAUCUUUGCGCCCGGCAGCGCCAUCCGCCCGAUCUACUUGCGCCUGCUCUCGGCACCAGAGACCAUUUCGUCGCCCGCCGAACUCAAGCAGCGUGCACUCGACAAGGCCGGCUCCAGAGAAACGAGCGCACAGCUCUUUUGCGCCCUGUGCCGAUCCCUCGGCAUUCCUGCUCGGCUCGUAGUGAGCCCGCAGCCGAUGCCGUGGAGUGUGGGUGCAAGCAAGCUCGCGAACUCGGCGGCGGGCACUCCGGCAGACAAGAAGCCCAACCAGCUCCGUGCCAAAGCCAAGACCCCGGCGUCGCGGCGUUUCGCUUCCAAGCCGGUGCACGAGCUGACCUCGGAUGACGAGUCUGUCGCCUCAAGCGGCUCGGCGAAGCGGACAGCCACCCGUGGUAAGGCUGUGCCGCACCCAAUGGGCUUUUCAUCGGCUGACGAGGCAAGCGAUGCAAAGCGAGGUACACCUGCAAAGGCUCGAGCAGCAACUUCGCGGCGGGAAGCGCCAGGAAGCGCCAGCAGCAGAGCUAGUCGUCGAGGCAACCGCGAAGAGCCCAUCUUGCUCGACGGCACGGCAUCGGAUGCCUCGUCCAAGUCGGCAGCAGCCACGUCAAAGAAGGGGAAGGCGAGCGCCAGAGCUGCAGCCGUCGGCGAGUCGGCGCGGCGCAAAGGCAAGGCGAGAGAGGUCGAUCCGCCUGUGGCCGACGGUGACGGAAGCGAAGACGAUGACUACCGUCCGGAAAAGUGGAAAAACCUCAAGACGCCGCUCGAGGUGGAGCACAAGGUGAAGCUGCGCGCAUUCCGGCCCAAGCAGCUCAAGGACUCGGAGCUGGCGGGUGAGGAUACGACGGCGGAUCCGGUCGACCUGCAGGCUCCGCCGACCAUGUGGGUCGAGGUGUUCUCCAAGCCGUACCAGAAGUGGAUCAGCGUGGAUCCGGUGCGAUCGCUGGUGAGGCCGUCGGGGAAUCGACACAUGGAGCCGGCGCCAUUCGAUCGGCAGAACAAGCUGAUCUACGUUGCGGCGUUUGAGGAGGAUGGAUAUGCGCGCGAUGUGACGGCGCGCUAUACGAAGACGCUCAACUCGCGUGUUUCGCGACUGCGACCGCCGACACGGGCGAAAGGAGAGGAGGACUGGUGGACGCGCGUGGUGCGUGCCAUGCAUCGGCCGCAGAAGCUCGACCGCGACGCGAUGGAGGAUGCGGAGCUGCAGGAUUUUAGUGCGCGCGAGCCCAUGCCGUCGUCCAUGGCCGGGUUCAAGGACCAUCCGGUGUACUUUUUGGAAAAGUUCCUCAAGCGCGACGAGGUGGUCUUUCCGCGCCGCCAGAUCGCCACGUUCCAAGGCACGCCGGUCUUCUCCAAGGCGGACGUUCUCACAUUACGCUCGUCGCGCCAGUGGUACAACGAGGGCCGCGUCGUCAAGGACGCAGAGACCGCGCUCAAGUUCGUCAAGGCGCGGGGAUACACGCUUGCGAACAAGCGGGCCGAGGAGCAGGCCAAGCUCGAGGGCCGCGAAGUUGCGCAGGAGGGACUGUACGCCGAGUUCCAAACGCAGCUCUACGUUCCCCCCGCCGUAGGACCGGACGGAGCGAUUCCGACGAAUGGGUUUGGCAACAUCGACCUGUUUGUGCCCUCGAUGCUGCCGGCGGGUGCGGUGCAUCUGCCCAUGCAGGGCACCGCCAAGGUGGCCAAGAAGAUCGGCGUACCGUAUGCCGAGGCGAUCACCGGCUUCGAGUUCCGCAAGCAGCGCGGCAUGCCCAAGAUCACGGGCAUUGUUGUGGCCGCGGCGAAUGCAGAGAUGGUCGAGGACGCCUUUUGGCAGCAGGAGCAGCAGGAUGCGUUGCGCCAGCAGACCAAGAAGAUGGAACGCGCCAUGAAGAAUUGGCGCAAACUCAUCAAUGCCGUGCGCAUCGCCAAGCGCGUCCAGGAGCAGUACAAGGACCCGAUCGAGGGUCAACCUCAGGAUGACGUAUCGCCGAGCGAGGAUAAGGAGGAGGAAGGUGGGGAGAAGAGUCGAUUCUUUGCUCCGAAGCCGGCGGAGGGGCCGCAUUCGGCUGACGUGGGUGAGAGGCUGGAUGUGGGUGUGGAUGUGGAUGUGGAUGUGGAGAUGGCUGAUGGGGUGGAGACCGAGUCGGCAGCGGCUAGCGCAGCAAGCACACCGCGCAGGAAAGGCGCCAUCAUCUCGCUCGCCCAACUCGCUGCCGCGCCAGCUGAAGAAGAGCUGCAGGAGGAGGAGGAGGAGGUGGGGGUGGGCGAGAAACGUGCUCGUCCAGCGCGACGCUCCACACGCGCACGUGCAGGGCCGGCGCAGUACGACGAGCGCGAGGACAGCGAGCACGACCCACCAGAGGCCGAGACACCGCGCCGCACUCGCCGCAUCACCAUCAAGCGUCCCCGGCGCAGUUGA